AUGAAUGAAUUGAAUUACUCAAAGGUGUCAGAGUUUGUAUUCAUGGGAAUUUUUCAUUCUUGGACCAUGCAGCAUCUCCUUCUGGUUUUCUCCUCCAUUUUCUAUGUUGCCAUUGUGUUGGGAAACCUCCUUAUUGUACUCACAGUGACUUCUGACCCUCAGUUACAGUCUCCUAUGUAUUUUCUGUUGGCAAAUCUCUCCUUUAUUGACAUGUGUCUCUCCACUGUUGUAGUUCCCAAGAUGAUUUCUGAUCUUUUUUAUGAGCACAAAACCAUAUCAUUUCAAGGCUGUAUCACCCAGAUAUUCUUCAUUCAUUUCAUGGGAGGAACUGAGAUGAUGUUACUUAUUUCCAUGGCCUUUGACAGAUAUAUUGCCAUAUGUAAGCCUCUCCACUAUCUGACUAUUAUGAACCCAAGAACAUGUAUUUUUCUCCAGAUGUCUGCUUGGGCCAUUGGCCUCAUACACUCACUAACCCAGUUGGCAUUUGUGGUAAAUCUGCCUUUCUGUGGCCCUAACAAAGUUGACAGUUUUUAUUGUGACCUUCCUCGGUUCAUCAAAUUGGCUUGUAUAGACACUUAUAAGUUGGAAUUCAUCGUUACUGCUAAUAGUGGUUUCAUUUCCAUUGGCACUGUAUUUCUCUUGUUCAUUUCCUACAUUUACAUUUUGGUCACUGUUCAAAAACACUCUUCUAGUGGAUUGUCCAAGGCUCUCUCUACACUGUCAGCUCACUUCAGUGUGGUGGUCCUCUUCUUUGGCCCAUGCAUCUUUGUCUAUGUGUGGCCAUUCCCUACAAUGCCAGUGGAUAAAUUUCUUGCUAUUCUUGAUUUUAUUAUUACCCCUGUUUUAAAUCCUUCCAUCUAUGCAUUCAGGAACAAAGACAUGAAGGUGGCAGUCAAAAGACUGAGCAGCCAGUUGAUGAAUUUUAAGAAAAUUUCCUAA